UAUAAUUAGUCUGUUUGUUUGAUUUGUUGCAAGUCAAAGCAAAUCCAAUUAGAAUUAACGCACCAAUAAGAAGCAGCAACAGCAACAGCCGCACAAUGUUCAGUCCCAACGUACCGGCCACGGCGCUCCUAAGCAUUGAGGGCAGUGGCCUUGGGGCGCAUACACCCAAAACUCCAGAGAUUGUGAACUCGCUGAUGGCCAUGUCAAAUCCCUUGGACAAUUUCAAUUUCAAUGCCUUAAACUCGUGCAGCGCCGCAUCAACGCCGGUGGUCACCAUACGCAAUUUCUGUGGCAAUCCCAACGGACAGUCACACUCGCAGGAUAGCAGUCAUUCCAGUUGCUCGGCAUCGCCGCUCGAUUCGCCUGCGGGCACAGCAACCACGCCCAGCGUGCAACAGACCUGUUCGCAACUGAUCAAAGCGGGCCUCAAGCUCUCCAUUCAAAGCAAACGCAAGCUGUCCACCUGCGACUCGAGCUCCGGCUCCGAGCAGCCCAACUCGAAGUGUUCGCGCCGUGACGAGGACUGCGAGGAGUCUAGCGAUGAGGAUAGCGAAACGAAAUCGGUGCCCAAGGGACUGACGCCCGAGGAUGAGGAUCGCCGGCGGCGACGUCGUGAACGCAACAAAAUUGCGGCCACCAAAUGCCGCAUGAAGAAGCGCGAACGCACCCAGAACCUCAUCAAAGAGUCCGAGGUGCUCGACACUCAAAACGUCGAGCUAAAGAAUCAGGUGCGCUCCCUGGAAACGGAACGUCGGCGGCUCCUCGAAAUGCUGCAGGCGCAUUCACCCAGCUGCGUCAAGCGCGGCGGCUGCCAGCUGCCAUCGAAGCUGCUGCAAUCGCCGGCGCUUAAGUAUUUUGCUGAACUGGAGCUGGAUGGCCUGCUUAAUGGCGACACGAGCACUGCGGCCAAUACGCCCACACAGCAACACCAACAGCAUCAGCAGCAACAGCAGCAGCAACAACAGCAGCAGCAGCAGCAGCAACAACAUCAGCAGCAGCAGCAGCAACAGCAGCAGCAGCAACAGCAGCAGCAGCAACAACAGCAGCAACAGCAACGCAUGCAGAGCAUACCAUCCAUGUCCACGUUCAAGUUUGGCAGCAAAACGCCGGCGGUAAUGGCAGCAGCCGUUGCAGCUGCACAGGCACAACAGCAGCUACAGUUGCAGCAGCAGCAGCAGCAGCAACAGUUGCCGAAUGGCUACUGCAAGCCAUCGCCCUCACCGCAAGAGUUUGAGCAUGCCGGCUACUUAAGCUCGCCCACACAGGAGGCGCUCUGUCUGCCACAACAGCAACAGCAACAACAACAGCAGCAGCAGCAGCAGCAGCAGCAGUCGUCUGUGAAUCCCGCCAGCAACAGCAAUGCAGCCGACAGCAAUAAUGCCACAUUGCUGCUCAGUCAACAGGUCUCGGACUAUGUGCCCAAUUGUGAGGGUCUUAGUUUGGGUCUUGGGCUUUCUGCGGUUGCCGUUGCCAUCUCCACGCCCACCAGCAACAGCAGCAAUAGCACCAACAGCCUCAGCAGCAACAGCUUAAGCAGUAGCUUAAGUAGCAACAACAACAACAAUAAUAACAACAACAACAACAACAGCAGCAAUCACAACAACAGCAACACAACAGCAAUUGCAAUCACAUCAGCAGCAGCAUCAGUUGUAACAGCUCUGCCGCCCGCGACCACGCCCACCAGCGCCAUUGAGUUUGUGAAGAAUGAGCUGGUGGACUCGCAGAGUCCAUAUACCACAGAGCUGAGUGCAGAGCGAUUCCUCUUCGAUGGCUUUCCGGACAUCAAACAUGCGGUUAGUGUGCAUCCGAGCAGUCUUAAUAAUAUGGCCAGUGUGGCCAGCCUUGCGGCGCACAACAACAACAAUCAUCUGGUGGACUUUCACACAACGCUGCCGCAUCAUGGCGGCGGCGUCGGCGUUGGCAUUAUGACACCGUGCUACGAGGACGAGCAACUGUUGCUGAUGAAGAACAGCUGCUAUACCAACGAUCUUCUGUCGCAGCUGGCGGACGAUGAUGCCGAUUUCGUGGAUCUGGAUACGGGUGCCGCAGCCUUUAUGACUAAUGGCGGCUGCCUGGCGUGAGAUCGGGCCCAACGCGCUGCCGAUCACGAACUGUUGCUGGCAUUCGAUCAGCACCAGGAGCAGCAGCAGAGCAGAACACAACAGCAGCAAGAACAGCAGCAGCAGCAGCAGCAGCAGCAGCAGCAACAGCAGCAAGAAGAACAACAGCAGCAGCAGCAGCAGCAGCAGCAACAACAGCAACAGCAGGCGGUGGAGAAUGAAUUGCAGCAGGAUCAGGCUUGGACACAUGUCGACUAUUGGUGCUAAGCAGCACACAUAGCUGGCAUAUGUGUGUGUAUGUGUGUUUAUUUCUGUUUCGGGUGGUGCAUAAGGUUUGUUGCAGGCACGCACAUGCCACGUCCAGCUAUCGCCCAGCUUCCCACACAACCUCAAAGCAAAAGCAAAAGCAAAAAGAAAUAUCCAAGUUCUUCCAACAAUAACAAAUCGAUAGUCCCAAACCAACUCAGCCUUACACCCUGCGCUCGAAUAUAUUUACUAUCAUAUAAAUCCCCACCCUUUUUCCACAGCGAUAGUCUCUGGUUGUGCGUAUGUGUGUGUGUGCAUGUGUGUGUGCGUGUGUGUGUGUGUGCGUGUGUGUGUGUGUGUGUGUGUGCUGGAGCGGCGCUCCAAUCGUGGCUUGACUACCUCAUAAAACCUUACAAUUUAAAGCACUCUGAUUUUUUUUUAUUUUUUUUUUCGAUCUAAAUUGUAGUUUGUAAAGCAUUGUACAUAACCUAACAUUGUAUAUCUAUAAAUGUAUAUGUAUGUGUAUAUCAAUAAUUUUAUGUUAUCGAUAACAUUCCGAGCAACAGGCAAUUUGUUGGCAGUCACAGCCGCAUCAGUAAUUAUUAAUUUUAAUUUCGUUAAACACCCCUCCCCCAACCACCUUCCCCUGUGCGAGAUUAUGCAGCGAAAAAUAAAGAAGAAAAAUAAAAUGAAAAUGAAAAAAGAAAAAAGAAAAGAAACAAAUGCAAAAUAAUAUUAAAACUUAGGCUAAAAGUAAAAUUUAAAAACCAUGCGAUAUAAUGACGUUUGAUAUUUUUUUUUUUUUUUGCAAAAUAUAGGUUUAGUCAGUGAUAUAUAAAAACAAAACGAUUAUAAACAAAAGCAACUUAACAUACAAAUAUAUAUAUAUAUAUAUAUAUAAACCUAUUUGUGUAAUUUUCUCCUUUUUGAAUGUGAGUUGUAUAAGAAAAAGAAGAAGAAAAAGUAACAAGGAGAAGAAAGCUUGCACGCUGUUGCCUUAAAAAAUUCGCUGGACAACUAAAUGAUAAGGAUAGCUGUAAGUUUGUUAAUCUUUUGCGAAACUAAAAUGUGCUCUUAAACAAAACAAAAAACGACCAUAAAAAACAACAAUUUUGAAUAAAAAAAAAAACAACUGCAACAAUUUUUUUUAAACUAGCGCCUUAUUAAAUUUAAUGAAAACGAUAUAUAAAAACAAAAAGAAGCAAAAGCAAAAUAUUUACAAAAAGUUCCGAAAACAAGAAAAAGAAAAACAAC